AUGACAGCCAAGACAGUUGUCGCUUUUGACCUAUAUGGCACAUUACUCUCAACUCAAUCGAUCGUCAAACAACUAGAGAAACACUGUGACAAUGCCAAGGCGCAGUCGAUCUCCGUGCUCUGGAGGCGGUAUCAGCUGGAGUACACAUGGAGACUGAACAGCAUGGGCCGCUAUGAAGACUUCUCGGCCAUCACACGUAACUCCCUACUGCACGCGCUGGCGGACAACGACGAGCAGCUGAGCGACGACAACAUCGAACACUUGAUGCAAGCUUACGACAGUCUCUCUACGUUUUCUGACGUGAAGCCAGCUUUGAGCCGCAUAGCAACAGACCCAACUAUCCAAGCUGUCAUAUUCUCCAACGGGACGAAAACUAUGGUAUCCAACUCGGUGUUGCGGUCCAGGGACCUUUCGCCGCACGCGAGCGUCUUCAAAGAAAUCAUCACCGUAGACGAAGUCCAGCAAUAUAAGCCAUCGAAGGCAAGCUACGAGCACCUAGCGAAGCAAACAGGCCAAGACCCAUCGCAGAUGAGCAAACUUUGGCUGAUUAGCGGCAACCCUUUCGACAUCGUCGGGGCGCGCGCUACAGGUAUGCAAGCUAUAUGGGUUGACCGCGUUGGUGCAGGAUGGAAGGAUGCGGCAGUUCCAGAUCUACAGCCAACGGUCAUUGUACACAGUCUGGAGCAUAUUGUGAAGGAGAUUCAUAGCCAUCGGCUUUAA